AUGUUUGCUGUUGCUGUAUUGAUAUACAGCAUCCAAGCUCUCCAUCCUUCGAUAAUGGUAUCCGGGCAUAUCAUAAAAAAGCAAAAAUCAGAAACGGAUUAUAAAGCUCAAGGAGCUGCUGCAGCCGGAGAUGUAAUAGCAGCUACCGGUGGUAUUAUAGCCGCAGGAUCGUUGGCUACAGGCCCAUUUGCACCAGUUGUAGCGUCAAUUGGAGGAAUAACCGCUGCCUCUGGAGGUUUGAUAUCAGUGAUUUCAAGAGCAGCCGAUCAGUCGUGUCGUGAAUUUGGUUGUCAUAACAAUCGUUGCUGGUCUUAUUGCAGCAUAGGAAAUCAAUGUAUACCUUUUCUAAUAACAGUUGACAGUAAUCUUUUGGGAUUUGCUGAAGACGUGACCAAUCGUGUCACUCGUCAUUCUUUGAGUUAUGUUUCUAUGACAGAAACCGAAUCACAACCGCAUCCAAGCUCUCCAUCCUUCGAUAAUGGUAUCCGGGCAUAUCAUAAAAAAGCAAAAAUCAGAACGGAUUAUAAAGCUCAAGGAGCUGCUGCAGCCGGAGAUGUAAUAGCAGCUACCGGUGGUAUUAUAGCCGCAGGAUCGUUGGCUACAGGCCCAUUUGCACCAGUUGUAGCGUCAAUUGGAGGAAUAACCGCUGCCUCUGGAGGUUUGAUAUCAGUGAUUUCAAGAGCAGCCGAUCAGUCGUGUCGUGAAUUUGGUUGUCAUAACAAUCGUUGCUGGUCUUAUUGCAGCAUAGGAAAUCAAUGGUGCUAUACAACCAAAACAUACUCUCAAAGUUAUGCAUAUGUAUCUUGUACACGCGACGAUGAAUGUAAUGGGUGUUGGAAAUGUGGAGGUCCGUGCACGGUGUGA